AUUGUAAAGCGCUUUGGAUAAAAGCGCUAUAUAAAUGCAGUCCAUUUACCAUUUACCAAGAGUGGUGCUUCCCCAUGAAUGACACAUCAAUGCAGUUUAUUGUUCAGUGUGUUCGAUAAUAAUGACAAUAUGCAAUGGUGAAAAAUGUGAGUGCUGAAAUGGCUAUACGUGUAAAUGACUUGCACGCAGGAGACCAUGUUGACGGGUCUCCCCAAACUAUUCCCCAUUUCCUCUCAUAUAGCCACAAGAUAACAGUAAAACACCAAGUCAUCUAACAAAGACACAAUCACGACAAAACAGUAUGAUCCUGCUGGCACUAUCCCUGCAAGCAUAUCAAACUGGGUUAACCUUGGUAUCUGGCUGGGCUCUGACCCAUAGGUAUCGAGAUCUUUAGUCAGCACCCCACCGUCAAAGAUACCAACUUGUUCCCCAUGGCAUCGGCUUUCCAGCAAUACAAAACAUCAUUGCAUUGUAUUAUGGAGAACCUAAGGUAUACAUAAUGCUGAUCCAGUCAGAUGUUUUACAACUGAGCAGUCUCGUUAUCACACUUGCUGACUCCCUGUCAGCACAGUAAACAGUCUGUUUUUCUUUCAGGGUCUGAUAAGAAUUUCAGUUUCUUGACAGAAAAACUGCAUUUUUAGGGUGUCCUAUUAUUUGGAAACUAAAGUAUAUUAUAUCAUUGUACUUGUUAAACUGUAUAUGAACAGUAAUCUCUGGCCCAAGGUCAUUAGCUUGUUUGGCUUGCUUUGCCACUAAAAUAAAAUAAGUGUAAAGCAAGAUUGCUUUCAGUUUAAUCUACAGUACACCAACAGCAACAGAGCCAUAUUAAAAUUCAGUGAUUCAGAAGCUAGUUACCAUUUCCAUAAUUUGUGAUCAUUGUUGCCAUGGACCUGAUUUGUCAAUCCCAAACCAAGGCCCUUAGCGAAAACAUUGCGUUUGGAAGAGCCUAUAAAGGUGUGGUGCAGGGAGCUCUUUUCCAGUACUGAACCUGAAGACUCAUCAAGAAGAUCUGAUAUUUGGUCAUGCUUGAAGAAUGCAGGUUCUUUUCUUUUUAACUCGUUCAUAAAAUAAUGAAAAACAAUGUUACAGCAAACUGGUGGAAUGAUCGUGAAGAAAUCUGUCCGAAAAUUAAGAAAAUAUCGCGCUGCGUUUUAAGGAAAUGCUCAGUUUGGAUGGAUUGUGAUGUGUGCGUGCAUGUGUUUGUUAUUCUGCCGCUGGUUGUGCAACUUCUUCCGGCAGACACCAGAGAGUCAGCAUGGCUGAAAACAGCACAGCACAGAACGGCAGUUUAGGCAGCGGUGCCACGUCACCACAAAUGAGUGAGAAGCUGCUGAUAUUGCAUGUGUUGGUGGGGAUCUUCCUCUACGUGAACUGCCUCAUGAUCUUCACCUUUUUCAAGAAGGAGGUCUUCCGUAACGAUGUGCGCUACAUCCUCUUCGUGCACACGCUCUUCUGCGACAGCUUGUUUCUAGUUCUGACGAACGUUCAACUCGUCCUGAGCCGUACCAACGUCCCGAUACUUGUUGGGCUGUGUCUCUGCCUCAAUAUGGUCAUGAGCCUCCUCACGUUUUCUACACCGCUGACGCUCAUGGCCAUGAGCUUGGAGCGAUACGUGGCCAUCUGCAUGCCCCUGAGGCACGCAGAAAUCUCUACCGCGUCUAAAGCCGUACGCUGCAUCCCCGUCAUCCAUGCGCUCAGCUCCAUACAGCUCAUCAGUUUCACCUCCAUCUUAAUCUCCAUCGUUCCAUCAAGUUUUUACAUGGAAAAAAGAUUGUGCAAUGUGGAGAUUUUCACCGUGCACAAAUGGCAGGGUCACCUCAGGUCAGCCAUUUUGCAGCUCUACUUCGUGGUCAUGUCCAGUGUCAUUGUCUUCACGUACGUAAAAAUCAUGAGGGCUGCCAAACUCGCUUCGACGGACAAGAAGAAGUCCGCCUCCAAGGGUCUUAGGACAGUUGCCCUUCAUGCAAUCCAGCUGAUGCUUUGUUUGAUUCAGCUGUGGUGCCCAUUCAUAGAGAUGGUAAUACUGGAGAUCGAUUUGCAACUUUUCAUGAAUGUGAGAUAUUUUAACUAUAUUGUUUUCAUUCUUGUCCCACGAUGUCUCAGUCCACUUGUGUAUGGUUUAAGGGAUGAUAAGUUUUUCUUGGUUUUGAAAUAUUAUGCCCUUUGUGGGCUGUGCAAGAAAAUAUCUCCAGUUAUAAUUCUCUCCAAGAAAAGGACAAAUAUUGUAUUCAUAAAAACAUAAUUCAAUAAAUGUAUAAUUUAAUGACACAAGUCAAUAACUUUAAACUGCUGCUGAAUGUAUUUCCAAAAACAUACUGUUAUAAAUUCAAUUAGUUUUUUUUUCAA